UUGUGUCUCAAGAAUAGGCAUAGUAUAUAAGUACUACUUAUAAUAGAAGGUAUAAUUUUUCAACUCAACAAAGCCCGCUGCAUUGCUUGUUUAAAAUCAAGAAUCCUCAGCUCGAUUAUUUUCUCUCAUCAUUAAUCUCUCGUCUCCAUAUUUCUCUGGUGAAAAAUGGAAUUCUCUCAAGCAGACUACAUCAAUGAUGACUCUCACCAUAAUUCUCAUAAGCUUGAUUACUUUAACAGCUUCAUUUCUUAUGAACUUCCUGCACACGUUGCAACAAAAAAGGAACUGAAGAUAAAAGAUGUGGUGAAGGAACAUGUGCUCUCUUUCCUUCCUGCUAAAUCGCUUAUGAAGUUUAGGUCUGUGUCCAAAGAAUGGGAUAAAUGGAUAGCUAGCCCCUUAUUAGCCCAUCAACAAAGUUUCUCUUGCCAGAGUUUUUCAGGCUACUUCUAUCAGGAAUCAAUAUCCAACACUAUGUUUUUAUCUCUGGACCAUUCUACAAUUGGAGUUCCUAGCCCAGCUCUUGAGUUCUUGCCUGAAGUUGUCAAAAUUCUAAGCUCUUGCUGUGGGUUGCUCCUUUGUCAGGGGUUAGACAAGUAUUAUGUUUGCAAUCCUGCAACACGAGGCUGGAAAAUGCUCCCUCCUCCUCAGUAUUAUCAUGGGGAUGAACCGGCAAUUGUUCUUGCAUUUGAGCCUUCUCUUCAUAACAUUGAGGCAUAUUAUCAUGUUAUCUGUGCAUUUCCUAUGAUUGGUCAGCCAGUUAUCUGCUUUGAUAUUUACUCUUCAGAAUCAAAUUCUUGGAGCUGCUCUUCUGCACACUGUACUGAUUUAGGAAAUCCGCGUCUUGUUGGUGGGGGUUUGUUUAUGAAGGGGGUAGCUUACUAUGAAAUGAAAUCAAAUCAAGUAUUGGCCUUUGAUGUAAAAGAAGAGAUUCCUGCAAUUAUAUCUUUACCUGUUCAAGUUGGGAGGCAUGGAUCCUUAACACAGAUGGAAAGUGAGGUGUGCUACGUUACUGCUAAUAACGAGAGUGGAAAUGUUUUCAUAAUAGAUAUCUACCAAGGCAUGGAAAUGAGCCUGAAGCGCAGUGUUAUCAUCAAUCUUGGACCUGAUAGGAGUUUUACUCAAGCGUGCGAGGUACUACCCUGUGUUAACAGUGAUGCUGUGGCGAUUCAUGUUGACGGAUUCAUAUACUUUUAUCACAUCAGGGAGCAGAAAGUUGAGUUUAUAACAAGUCCAGGAGGUAGGGGUCUUGGCAAAAAGUUCCUGCCUUACAUAAACAGCCUUGGUAUGAUACAUUGAGCUGAAGGAGACUUGAUUCACUAUGUUCAUUGUUUUUCCCUACAGUAGAAAAUCACUGAUUUUACACUUCUUUGAAGUCUCUGAUUACAUUGUGGCUUGGAUGAUGUAUAAAAACGAAUAUGUACGUUCUCUCUUUUGGUACAUAAACGAUUUUGAGUAGUGAAAUUUCUUGGAAUGUAAUGUCGGUUAUUGUUUACCUAU